AUGUCGAAGCUAAUCCGGGCCACUCGGGUGGCCAAGAAGCCCGAGGUCGGCGGUGUGAUUCGGACCAUAGUGCGAGUGGGCCAGGCCAUGCCGGGGCCCCCGCUGGGCCCGGUCCUGGGUCAGCGAGGGGUUUCCAUCAACCAAUUCAGCAAGGAGUUCAACGAGAAGACGAAGGACAUCAAAGAAGGCAUCCCUCUGUCCACCAAGAUCUUUGUGAAGCCUGACAGGACGUUUGAAAUCAAGAUAGGACAACCCACUGCGACCUACUUCCUGAAGGCAGCUGCCGGCAUUGAAAAAGGGGCCCGGCAGACAGGGAAGGAGAUGGCAGGCCUGCUGUCCUUGAAGCACGUGUAUGAGAUCGCUUGUGUUAAAGCUCAGGACGACGCCUUCACUCUGCGGGACAAGCCCCUGGCCGCUGUCAUCCGCUCCCUCAUCGGCUCUGCCCGCUCCCUGGGCAUUCGCGUGGUGAAGAACCUCAGUGCGGAAGAGCUGGCGGCUUUCCAGAAGGAGCGAGCUGUAUUCUUGGCGGCUCAGAAAGAGGCCGAUUUGGUAGUUCAGGCCGAAGCUGCCAAGAAGUGA